AUCUAAAGUCUCUUCCAAACUAGUCAAGAUGUUCUACAGCUGCUUUCUUUUCCUACUGACACUUAAUGUCCUAUCUGCAGGACGAGUACCGCAACCGGAAGAACGCAUUAUCGGAGGAAGUUUUAUUGAUAUCGAACAGGUUCCCUGGCAGGUUUCCUUACAGUUUAAAGGACGUCAUAUUUGUGGAGGUUCCAUUUACAGCAAAGAUAUCAUUAUAACUGCUGCACAUUGCUGUAUUACGGUCGAAGGAUUACCACUUGAUGCCAAGGACUUUGAAACUCGAGUUGGAUCCGCAUUAAGCAACACCGGCGGAAGACUUGUCAAAGUUGCAGCCAUUAAACCCUUCGAAACUUAUGUUUCGAAAACAACUGAGAGCGAUAUUGCCGUGAUGCGAUUAAGUGAACCGCUGGAGUUUACCAACAACGUACAACCGAUUCCUUUGGCCGAGUAUAAUCCUGCUCCUGGAACUCUCGCAUUCGUUUCUGGUUGGGGAGCAACGUCAGCACAGCAUAGUUAUUUGAAUGGUCUUGAGGACGUGGAGUAUUCAUAUCCCAAACAUCUUCAAGGCGUAUUGCUUCAGAUCAACAGGCCGACAAACAUUUUUGGUGGAUUACUAUUUUCUUUACGUCAGGACCUUAUUUCCGCCGGGUCUUUUUGGCAAACUACUUGUAGGGGCGACUCCGGAGGACCUCUGGUUGUUAACCAACAACUUGUGGGUGUUGUUUCAUCAGGUUCGGGAAUGUGCAAUGGUACAGCCGCUUUCACCAGUGUCCCCUACUUCAAAAAAUGGAUUUUAAAUGCCAUUAAAUCGAUUUGAUUAAGUGUAAAAGAGUAUACAAAAUAAAUAUACAUUCACCAUGACAUGUUUGUAAAGUAAA